AUACUGAUAUGGACAACCAACAUUUAGGGCGAUUUUUGUCCAUUGCAGCAGCUGCUACGGCUGCAUCUCUUGUUGCUAGUCAAGAAAAUGCCGUAAUUGAAGCUGAAAGGGCUGCUAACGAAGGACAUGAUGGAAGUUUUGAAAGUUUCUUAGCUGCUCUUCAGAGAAGACGUCGCGAGGCUACUAAUAGACCUACUAACCAAUCAACGGCAGCUUCAUCAUCAUCUGAGGAACAAAAUCCCUCCGCUGACAACAAUACACCUGGUUCACAACCAUCGCAACCUAUGUCAUUCUUUCGCUUAUUUCGCUUUGGUGGGUCUCGUUCUUCCUUGACACAGCAAAAUAUCUCACCUGAAAAUAAUACAAAUACAUCAUCAAUACCUAAUGCGACAAAUGAAACUAAUUCAAGCAAUACAAAUAAUGUCCCUCAUAUGGUUCCCGUUAUCAUUAUUGGAAUCAGGAGUGUUCAACCAAGAGAUGAUUCGAACGUUAAUUCAUCAUCUUCACAAAACGUUGAUAAUAAUCCCACUAAUUCAGAACAUAGAAAUAAUUCAAGUCGAUCAUCAAGAACUCGGUCGUCUUCAACUUCAAGUCGUGCAUCCGCUAGAUCUACUGCUUCAACUGCUACCCAAACCCCCCCUGCACGUUCGUGGAUCAUUUAUGUUUUAGGAGGCACAUAUCCUUCCACACAUCCUAUUCUUACUACACCAUCAUUAUUUUCUGAUAAUCCAACUUAUGAGGAUAUGAUGUUAUUAUCAUCUCUUAUUGGACCAGCUCGACCUGCAACUACAACGCAAAGUGAGAUUGAUGCAAACUUACCAGUUGCAAAAUAUGAUGCAAGAAUUCGUGGUGUUAGAGGGCAUGAUAUUUUAGGUAAUGCAGAGAAAUGUCAAGUAUGUUUGUGUGAUUAUAUUACAAAUGAGGAUGUUAGAGUGUUAAUUUGUCGUCAUGGUUUCCAUCGAGAAUGCAUUGACAAGUGGCUCACUGAGGGAUCUAACAAGUGUCCAAUUUGUCGUGGCGUUGGUGUACUGCCCCGUGAACCAGAAACCAACAAUAGUGAUGCUAUCCCAACUACUUCAGCAGGAUUGGAUUCUAUGGGACCUCCUUUCUUUUAA